AUGGGCCAGUCCCCCAGCGCUCCCCCGGGGCGCAGCCGCAGCCGCAGCCGAAACGGGAGCAGCUCGCGGUGGCCUCACCCGGGGCUCGGGCUCGACCUGGGGUUCCUGCUCGGGCGCAAGCCGCGGCCGGGGGACGAGAAGCCGGACCUGGCGAGCUGGAUGCGGUGCUUCCUGUCGCAGCGUCUGCCGCAGCCCACCGCCGUGGCGGAGGAGAGGGCGGACGCGGAGGGUAAGGCCGCCGGGAGACGAGAGGAGGAGGAGGUUGGCGCGGAUGAGGCUGACCACCUCGUCGUCAUGGUCAACGGGCUGUACGGGAGUUCGGCGGAUUGGAAGUUUGCAGCGGAACAGUUUGUGAAGAGAUUGCCGGGAAAAGUCUACGUGCAUCGUAGUCAGAGCAAUUAUUCAAAAUUAACAUAUGAUGGAGUUGACUUAAUGGGUGAAAGGCUAGCUGAGGAGGUUCGACAAGUUGUUCAGAGGAGAAGAAACUUGAGGAAAAUAUCUUUUGUUGCUCAUUCGCUUGGCGGUUUAGUAACAAGAUAUGCAAUAGGAAAAUUUUACGAACCUGCCAUGGAUGAAACAUCUUCUUGUGACACUGAUAAGACUUCUGAUGAACAAAAUGUACCUGGUGCUGGUAAAAUAGCUGGUUUAGAACCAAUCAAUUUUAUUACAUCUGCUACACCACACUUGGGCUCAAGGUGGAAUAAACAACUUCCCUUUCUUUUUGGUGUCCCACUUUUGGAGAGAACUGCUGCAGGAACAGCACAUUUUAUAGUUGGGAGAACUGGUAAACAUCUAUUCCUUACAGACAUGGAUGAUGGGAAGCCUCCUCUUCUUCUACGAAUGGUUGCAGAUUGUGACGACGGGAAAUUCAUGUCUGCAUUGCGCUCUUUCAAGCACCGUGUUGCCUACGCUAAUGUAACAUAUGAUCAUAUAGUUGGUUGGAGAACAUCAUCGAUUCGGCGUCAGCAAGAAUUACCAAAACUCAAGUUAACAGCAAAUGAUGAAAAGUAUCCUCAUGUUAUUAAUGUCGAUAAAGGAAAUCUAGAGGAUCAUCAGCAACAGGGAUCUGUAGAAGAUUCACUGGCAGAUAGUUAUGAAGAGAUUAUGAUCCGUGGCCUUACACAAGUGACCUGGGAACGUGUGGAUGUAUGCUUUCAUAAGAGUUGGCUAAGAUACAACGCCCAUAAUAACAUCCAGCUGAGAAAGAAUUUUACACAUUGUUAUUGCUACUACUACCUGAUCAGUAGCUGUGAAGUGUGA